UCUUCCGCAACAGAAAAGACUAUUUUUCCAUAAAUGUGCAAGCUAUGUGCAAUGCUGAAAUGAAAUUUAUAAAUGUUGUUGCUCGAUGGCCUGGGUCUACCCAUGACGCAACAAUAUUUAAUAAUUCUAACAUAAGAAGAGAUUUUGAACAGAGAAUCUACCCAAAUUGUAUCAUUUUAGGAGACAGUGGUUACCCUGUUCGUCGCUAUUUUUUAACUCCAAUGUUAAAUCCACAAACACAAGGGGAGCAACUCUAUAACGAAGCACACAUUCGAACUCGCAAUGUUAUAGAAAGAACAUUUGGGGUGUGGAAAAGAAGAUUUCCCAUUCUAGCCUACGGAUGUAGAUUGAAACAAGAUACUGUGCUAGCAGUAAUAAUUGCUUGUGCAGUCUUACAUAAUAUUGCCCGGGAAAGGGGUGAAGAAGACCCUCCAUUGCCAGCAGAAAUCAACCAACAUGAAUUACAACAGUUGAUUGAAGCUGGCAACAUUCCAGAAGUUCCGGCAGCAAUUAAUGGUCGGGAGGGAAGGGGAGCAGGACACGAGUUUAGGAGGAGUUACAUAACAAACUUUUUUAAUAGGCAACAUUAA